CGCGUUUCAUACAGAGGAUAAGCUAUCGGUUGUACAAAGUUUCAUUAGUCGAUCUCGCGGUGCCGAAGACGCAGUGUCUUUCCAAAAAUUAUGGAUAGUCAGAAUCAUUAUUACAAUACUAUUCACAAAAUAUCAUCGCUCAGUGGUUUGUGGCCCUUUUUAAAACCAAGAGUAAGAAUAUUUCGCGUUACUCUGUUUACAAUAACUGUAUUUACUAUCAUUGUCCCUCAGAUAGCAUUUCAAUUUACAUGCAAGGAAGACUUGCAGUGUACAUUUAAAUCAAUUUCGUCGUAUCUGCUAACAAUUUCGAUUAUGUUAAAGGUGUAUACGUUUCAAUUAAACAUCAACGCAAUUAAAGAUCUUACUCGACAUCUGUUUGUCAACUGGGAAAAGGCUGAAAGUCCCGAAGAAUACGAAAUAAUGAAAUCAUAUGCCCAGAGUAGUCGUCGAUUCUCUCUGAUAUAUUCGGUAUAUUGCAUAAUAGCGGUAUUUAUAUUUGUGUCAAUAUCCCUUAUACCAUUUGUACUCGAUAUCGUAUCGCCUCUUAAUCAAUCCCGUCCCGUGUUACUGCCAUAUCCAGGAUACUAUUUCGUGGACAUUCACGAAUAUUUCUGGCAAAUUUUCUGGCAUUCUCUCGUAGCGUGGCAGAUUCUUACGAUCGGCAUGAUCGCCCACGAUUGUAUGUACGUGACUUUCGUCGAGCAUAUUUGCAGCAUGUUCUCUGUGAUUGGAUUUCGCUUCGAGAAAUCGUUGAUCUGA